AUGCGCGGCCCCGCCGCCCCCGGCGACCCACCCGCCCGGCAACGUGCGUGUCUUUUGUUUGGUGGAGCGGGGUGUUUUCUCGGGGGAGUUGGUUGUGGUUCGUGGUUAGGGAGCGAUGCGGUGCGUUCUUUGCGCAGUGGCUGCGAGGGGAGCGAAAGCGGAGAAGGUCAGAACGAAAAGCAGAGGACAAGCAGCAGAGCAGAGAGCGGACGCACGGCGCCGCCCGCAAGCAACGGCGCGCAAACGCGCGCCGCAGCCGCCGCGCCACCGCAACCCUCGACCCAACGCAGGCAACGCAACCGCACGCCAUAUCGCCACGCACACGCAAAACCCCCGCAAAAACCCCCCCGACCCCCGCACGCACCGGCCGCCGCCGCGCCGUCCCGCCGCAACGGCGACCCCCGCACCGCAAACGCCAACAGAGCGCCUGCCGCCCGGACCGCCCCCCGCCGCACCUCGGCGCGCACGGCCCCCGCGCAACGGCGCCCCCCCGCUACGCCGCCGGCCACCGCACCGCCGGGCCCGCGCCCUCCCGCAAACACGGGCCGCAAACCGACACCCACCGCCCCCCGGGCAACCAAGCCCGCGCAGCCGCCCGCACAAAACCGGCCCCGCAACGGCGGCCACAAAUGCCACCGCCGCAGCCGCGCGGCACCAAAAAAAAAACCGGCUCCCGCCCGCAACGCCAAAACAACACGGGAUAGUCGGAAAAAAGCAGAAGAGCGGGCCCAGGAGCAGCAGGCUGGCCCCGCCCCCGCGCGCAGAGCAAACCGCCGCAAAACGUCCCCCGGCUUCCGCAAGGCGCCAACUGCCGCGCCGCCCGUCCCGGCCCCCUCCAACCGCAAACACCCUGCCCAACCGCCCCCCACGCAGCAAGCCACGCACGCUUGCGCCCCCCGCAAACAGAGCGGCGGCGGCGCCCGCUGCCGCACGCCCGCAGCAGACACAGCAGGCAAGAGCCGGCGCCGCGCACCCGCACCGCCACUCGCACCCCCCGUCACCACGGCCGCGCGCGGGCCGCCGAAACCGCCCGCGGCCGGCGGCCGCAGCAAAAACCAGACCUCCGGGCAUACAAAACAAACCAGGGAGAAAGAAGAGAGAGAAGGAGACCACAACCUCCCGAAAGCAGGCUUCGGAAGCAAACAGCCGAGCAAGCAGCAAAGCCGUAUCGCGCCCAAGCCCCCUGCCCCCGCCGUCCGUUCCCCUGCCCGCACGCCAAUCAGGAAGCGAGAGACGCAGACGAAAGAGAGGCAGAAGAGGAGAGAAGAUCGCCGGUUUUUGCCUCUUGGAAAUGAUUCCCAAGGAAAUGUGUUUCCUUCCCGGAUAAACGAACCUGGGGUAGUCUGGAAGAAAAUGAAUCUGUGCUGA